UUAGCCCUUACGAAGUGACCAUUUUCUUAAUUUUCUCGAAACUAUUUACAUUUAUGACUAACUCGGGAAAAUUAAGAUAGUCAUAUCCUUAGUACAGUUAUUAAGACGAAAAAUUGGUCGAGUAAAUUUGCGGUUUGCUGUUUUGCAGCUUGAACAUGGACAGCCAGGAAGGUCUCCUGGGGCAUGGAGCCUCAACAUCGUCAUUGCAACCAAGAAAGAAUCCUCCGAGAGCAGCUGCCGCAAAAAGCCUCUCUAAGAGCGCUCCCAAAAAUCCUUCUGGUAUCCGCCGAGCAACAAAAGAAUCACAGAAAGCUAGUCUUCGGUUGGGUACGAAAACAAAGAUCCCCGAAUCAGCUGCUGCAGAGAAAGCAGCGAAUCAACCAGCCAAACGCGUGAAACGCCCAAAUGUCAUGGCUAAAAAAUCUGCCCAAAAGUCCACGCCAGGGUCUGUGGGCGUGCAAAAGAAAACGUCCUCAGCAAAAAUCAGGAAAUCUGCCGGGAAAGCAGAGCCAGAAAAAGGUGCCACCGGUAAGAAAGCGAAAGCAGGAAAGACAAGCAACAAGAAAGAGGGUGUCGGUAGAAAAGGUGGUAACCAAAAGGAGACUGUCGCAUCAGGUUCCGGACAGAAAGGUGUGGCAAAGAAAAAAACCAAACCCAGAGCUAAACCGAAAAAACGUCGCCGGAUCCUUACUCCAGAAGAAGUGUUGAAUAAAUUAAAGAAUGCGGGCGUCAAGAAAUUGGAUAAAGUAAGUGGUUGCUUGAAAGCCGCGAUUUUACGCGGCUUUAUGCAGCUGGACUGUGCCGAAGAUUUGAAAGCCGUUAUUCUGGACGGAGCUUGUGAAGCUUGCGACCGCAAGAUCAAAGUUACAAUGAAAAAGAUCCUUUACCAAAAGGACUGGGGACUGGACGAAUACACCGGUUUAUCAGACGAUGCGCCGAUACGCUGUGCUGGUUGUUCUCAGCGAUUUUUUGUGGGGGAGAUGUGCACCGGAGAGCCUCAACUACUCUGGUGUAAAUGGAUGAAUCACUGCAACAAAUGCCCUUUUUUUGGCAUUUGCAUAAGAGAAAGUCGUGACAUUCACUGCGAUACGUGUGACGAACAUUAUUAUUGUGGAGCGUCGAGACAGCAGGUGUGUGCUACAUGCCAUCCGGAGGAAGAUGCUAGAUAUUUGGAAAACUUAAUGGGCCCGAAGUUGUUCCCUCAUAAUGCGGCGAGUGGAGUGGGAUGAGAUAUGUGACAUUUUAGUGAUCCACUAAUAUGAUGCAGCUGGUAUUGGAUGAAAUUAGUCCCAUGGACAGCGCGGUGGACAUGAAAAUCCUGUAAAACGAAGAGAACGCUAGGCAUACACAGAAUUUGCUGUACAUAAUUACUUGUAGUGACUGUAAAUUUGACUAACAUGGUUGGUAUACGUAUCUUUGUAAACGUUCUGUAGUACUGAGAGGUCGACUAUAAGAUUAUACCUGUUCAUGUACACUGGAUGUGCACAAGGUGGCUGGGAUGUUUGCGAUUUGUUUGGCGAAACUGUGGUGGAGGCAGUCGGGACGCUUUCCACAGGUUUUUGAACUCCUCCACCAACUUGACUUGCAGUUGGCUGGUUACUCGAUGCUGCUGAAGGUUUAGCAGUGCCAUUGCUUAGCGGUGAAGUGUCGCUUUUGGUAACCGUAUCGUUACCGUUCACGGCCACAUUGGGAUCGAGACCACCUUCUUCUUGGUCCGGCUUGGUUCCGAUCAUGAACACUUCGGCACCUGGCCGGAAUCGACCAACCGGGAAGUACGAGACACCCAUUCCAUCACCGCGGAACGGUGACCCUGUUAGCGUAAAAGGAGGCAUGCCGCCGACGCCGGGCACGCCGCUGUUAUCAAACUGCAUUGGAUAUGCCGGCUGCAUCGUGUCCGGCGUGUCCACCGGUCGGCCGCCUUGGGGAUCGUAUGCCGGUGACCCACCAGCUAAUCCAAAUAAGCCGGCCCGACGUGCGGCAAAAAUGCUGGCCGGAUUGGGACGCGCAAAGGGUUGCUGAUCCUGUGACUGCAUGGCGAGUUCCGCCGGCGAUAGUCCGCUGGGCAUCUGCAUUGACCCGGGCGGCAACGGAUGCAAACCGGCACCCGGCUGCAUGCCAGGACGCAUCAACAUGUCGUCCUGCAUUGAUGGACUAGACUGCAGAAUGGUACCAAAAUGGACGUUUGGCGCAAAAGACAUCGAGUGACGAGAUAGA